CAUCAGACGAAAUGCUCUCUUCGCUUCCAUCUCUCCUCUCUUCUCUUCCUCUCCUCCCAAAUGUCUCCGACCCACGCAGCAUCUUCCUCGACUCCGCCGCCUCUGUCCGCCUCAUCGGCUUCUCCGCCGCCCGGAGAAACCUCAACCUCGCCGCGUCCGCCCACGCUGCGCUCCUCAAGUCCGGACUCCACUCCCACCUCUUCGUCGCCAACUCGCUCCUCGACGCCUACUCCAAAUGCGGCCACUUGGACCGGGCACUCGACCUGUUCGACCGAAUGCCCCGCAGAGAUGUCGUUUCCUGGACCACCAUCAUCUCGGCGCUCUGCCUCAACGGAUCGCCGGCGGACGCGAUCGGUGUCUUCGUGGACAUGUUGUCGGAGGAAACAGCGCCUCCUCCCAAUGAGUUUACGGCUGCGGCGGUCUUGCGGGCUUGUGGGAUGCUGACGGACGAGAAGAUGGGGAGAAUGUUUCACGGUCACCUGGUCGCCUCUGGGUUUGCAUACGACGUGUUCGUGUCUAACUCCUUGAUCGAUAUGUACGCAAAGGCUGGGUCUAUCGUGGAUGCUGAGAGGCUUGUUGGUGGUUUGAGUUCCAGGGAUGUGGUUUCUUGGAGUACCAUCAUAUCGGGCUGCGUUCUCCAUGGCAUGUUUGAUAAUGCACUGGUUCUGUUUGUUGAAAUGUUAGAAGAGGGCAUCGUGCCGAAUAUUGUAACGAUGUUGAGCGUCAUCCAGGCUUGCUCAUUGUUGGGAAGACCAAGCUUGUUUACUGCUGUCCAUACUUGCCUCAUUAAGUGGGAACUCCACCAUAGUAUUCCUGUUGCAAAGUCUCUCGCCAUAAUGUAUGCCAAGAAUGGAUUUUUUUAUGAGGGUGUGAAGGUUUUCAACCAAUUAUUUUCGCCAAAUGAGAAUGAGUGUUUUGAUCCUGAUCUUAUUGCGGCACUUAUCCAUGGUUGCACCCAAACAGGAUCUUUGGACCAUGGCAAGGCCAUUCAUGGGCGUGUGUUCAAGAUGGGCUUCCUUAAUUGUACCAUUGUAGAGAACUCCGUCAUUGAUUUGUAUGCAAAGCAUGGGCAAAUUGAGUCAGCACAUUCAAUUUUUCAAAGGAUGGGGGAGAGAGAUAUUGUAUCUUGGAACACAAUGAUCUCCUGUUUACUGAAGAACGAUCAUGCUGAUGAAUCCUUAGAUUACCUCAGUCAGCUCCAUGCUGCAAGUGGAAGUGAGUUAAUGCCAGACUUUGUAACCAUAAUCAGUUCGAUACAAGCUUGUUCCAUGAUGUCCUCAAUGGAGAACGGGCAGAUAUUGCAUGGUUUAGUCAUCAAAUCAGGGUUCAACUCAGAUGUUUUUGUCUGUAAUGCUCUUAUAGAUAUGUAUGGGAAGUCAGGAUGGGUUAAUUCCGCUAACCAGAUUUUCCAGGAGAUGGAUGUAAGAGACCUUGGUUCUUGGAAUUCGAUUAUUUCGAUUUAUGGGAUCCAUGGAAAGGGAGCUUCAGCUUUACAAGUAUUCAAAAAUCUCAGGCUUGCACAAACACAUAAACCAAAUGCUGUAACAUUUGUCAAUAUUAUUUCAGCUUGUGGUCAUUCGGGUUUGCCAUUGGAAGGCUUUGAGUGCUUUAAAGUCAUGCAAAGGGACUAUGAAAUUGAGCCAACUAUAGAGCACUAUGCUGCAGUGGUAGAUCUCUUCGGGAGAUGCGGAAAGCUUAUUGAGGCAGAGAAAUUCAUUGAAGAGAUGCCUAUCAAACCAGGUCCGUCCAUUUGGGGGUCACUGUUAGGCGCUUGUGUUAUUCAUCGGAAUGUUGAAAUGGCAAAAAGAGCAGCUGCGGAGCUGUCUGUUAUGGAACCGGAUAGUAAUGUCUGGAGGGUAGCAUUAUCAAAUGUAUAUGCUUCUGCUGGACUAUGGGAUGAAGCUGCAAAGGUGAGAGCUGAGAUGAAAAGGGAGGGAUCAAGAAAGGAGCCUGGUUGGAGUUAUGUUGUGUUGCGGGGCAUGGAAAAGUUUAAAUUCAUAGUGGGAGACACACGGCAUCCAGAGACUGAUAGAAUAUAUCAGGUUUGGAGGAGUAUCAUGGAGCAUAUCACAGAUGGAUUUGUCGAGACACUCUGAUGGUGCUCAUUGUCACAAUUGAGGUGUUUAUAUAGUUAAAUCAGAAAGUGAAAAUGAGAAUAGAUUGAUCAGUGAACUAAAGCUCUAUCAACAAGUUAUAAAAAUGGAGCAGCUGUGAAAGAUGAUACUAUUCCAUGUUCCAUCUGCUAAGUGGAAGCAAAGGAAUUCACAUCUAUUUUAUUAGGAAGAAGCAUGUUAAUAAUAAGAUCCCUACAGCAACAUCAGUAUCUGGAGCUGCACUGGAACUGAAAAUGGCUUCAUAGAAGUUCCAUCUAGAUGAAAUCCCCAAACUGAACGUAUUGCUACUACAUGCGGAAUAGAAAAAAAAUGAUCAUAUUUGUUUGGUGAACUCAAGUAAAAGAAGCGCAAGGACAUGGGUUGGUGAUUCAAGGAGCAAUUUUAUAGUUGACUUGAUUUUUGGUUGAAGAGACGGAUUGGUCCUGUUAAGAAAGGAAGCCAUGAGCUUUAGGAAGGAAUUUUGCAAAAGAAUAAAGCAUUACUGACAAAAUGUUCAUCGAUGUACACAUUGGUGUGGAAACAUGUGCUGUGGAAUCAAGAAUCUCUUUUGGGUGACCUAUAAAACAAUUCUUUAGGGUACAUAAAGAGAAUCCCAAAGCAUCAGGUUCACAGUUCUAAUGUUACGGGAGAAUCCUAGUUUCACUAAUGAGAGUUCAAAGAUCUUUGUCCACAACUGACUACCUACUUCCCUUCAAAAAUGAUUAUUCUAUAAGAUAAUCUUGCAGAGAUCAGCUGGAACUUGGAAGUGGCCAUCCUGUUUCCUCCCUGACUGACACGGACACGCCAUCCCACGCCUGGUCCCGGCCCUUCUCGCCUCGCUCGGGAAGAUGACGAAGCAAGUGGGAGGUGGAGGACGCACCCCAUCUCUCUCCCUGCUCCCCGUGUGCGCCUUCUCACGCGGCCAGCUCGGCCCCAUGUUGAAGUCUCUCCUCUCAUCUUCUUCUGGGGACACAGAGCGUGGCCUGGAAUGGCUUGUCUCUGUUCCUUGGCGAUGGCCUUCCCUGGUGAACGGUGAUAGAGCAGUGAGCGAAUAACCACCACUGAUUGGAUUUCAAUGAUUAAGCGAAGGAUUAAAGGAGACCUGCUUUGCUUAUGAGAUGCAUCAAAAUAAAAGGGGUACAGAAUGGAUUUUGCAACAGUUGGAAAUUAAGAUGCAAAGCGACGUGAUUCAGAGGCUGCCGUAUGAUUUCUUGCAGUGAAGGAUCGCGUCGUAGACGGAAACGUCCGCAUUGCUCCGGCACCACUCGAUUCCCGUUCUCGAGCCGCCACUGCUCGCGCUUCUCUCGCAUCUCUUACGCGCUGCCUUCUUCGGAAUCGCCGAGCUCAAGCCUUUGACCUUGUUGCGGAGGGGCACGAGGAGGCAGAGGUAGUAAGUCCACAGGAUCCUCUUCAGCGAGGCGGCGCCGUCGAUGAGCACCGUCGACUUGAGCUUCGACUUAGUACCGCCGGGCUCGAGGCUUGUCGGUUUGGAAUUCGGCGGCGGCGGCGGGAGCGACGGGUAGGGGAAGGAAGGCUCUAUUCCGGUGGCGGCGGCGGCGAAGUGGAAGCCGUUGACGUCGAUGGUCCAACGCGUGGAAGCGGCGGCGGCGGGGUCCAUUUCGAUGAAGGAGCAGGCGGCGUCAUCACCGUCUGCGACGGCGAGGGAGGAGCUGUCGAGGGUGAUGAACCAACGGUAGGAGAAGGUCUCCUCGCCGGAGCAGUAGUGCUUCGAGGCCUCCAUGGCUCGCGGUGCGGAGAGGUCUGAGAGAGGAGGAAUUAUUAAUAGGGAGAUGAUGGUCGAGAUGAGAACAAACGAGGAGACAUCAAAUUGUUAGUAAAUCUGAAAAAAAUAAAAAUCUCAUUUUUAA